AUGCAUAAUAACAUCAAAAUGCAUCAUAAAGUUGUGAUAGUUGGGUCGGGCCCGGCUGCGCACACGGCAGCUAUAUAUCUCGCGCGAGCUGAAUUGAAACCGGUUUUAUAUGAGGGUUUUCUUGCUAAUGGAAUUGCACCCGGUGGACAGUUAACCACGACGACUGAUGUUGAAAACUACCCGGGCUUUCCUGCUGGUAUCACCGGUCCAGCACUCAUGGAUGCCAUGCGUAAUCAAUCCGAGCGUUUUGGCACUCGUAUCAUUACUGAAACAGUAUCGCGCGUCGAUCUCUCCCAACGUCCGUUUCGCUAUUGGACUGAGCUUAAUGAAGAAGUUAAUACGGCAGACGCUCUUAUUAUUGCAACUGGUGCCUCUGCUCGUCGUCUUGGCCUUGCUGGUGAGCAGAAAUACUGGCAAAGCGGGAUCUCAGCUUGCGCUGUUUGCGAUGGUGCUGUACCCAUAUUUCGUGACAAACCGUUAGUGGUAAUUGGUGGAGGUGAUUCUGCUGCAGAAGAAGCUAUUUUCCUCACCAAAUACGGUUCGCAUGUCACAGUGCUCGUACGAAAAGAAAAAUUGCGAGCCUCAAAGACGAUGGCCAAUCGCCUACUUAACAACAAAAAAGUUACGGUGAAAUUUAAUUCUGUUGGUGUAGAAGUCAUGGGCAAUGAAAAAGGUCUGAUGGAUCGUCUGAUAAUUAAAGAUGUUCAAACUGGUACACAAGAGACAAUCGUGGCAAAUGGUCUAUUUUAUGCCGUUGGGCAUGACCCUGCUACGGCUUUAGUAAAAGGGCAGCUGGCUACUGAUGAAGAGGGCUACAUUAUCACAAAGCCCGGUACGAGCUAUACUGAUGUGGAGGGCGUAUUUGCUGCAGGUGAUGUACAAGAUAAAAGAUAUAGACAAGCUAUUACAAGUGCCGGCUCGGGAUGUAUUGCAGCCUUAGAAGCUGAAAAGUUCCUUGCUGAACAUGAAGAUGUCAGAAAAAAUGACAAUUGCUAA